CUUCCAGUUGCUAUAAUAAGUGAAGGCGGCAUCCUUGCAGGAAAACACAAUUCAGUGGCAUUCAGUGGCGUUAUGCUGUCAUACCGCAAAGCACCCCUCGCACUGAAGACUCGGCGAGGCCCCGCCGAUCGCAAGAGCGCACUCGCACGAACUUGUCAUGUGUGGCCGAUUUAGCAUCUUGGACGCAUGGCGCUGCAGCACCCGAUGCAGCUUUUUUUGGGAUUGAACGCUUUUUUUCAAAUCACCGCCUCCUUCAUAUCACUGUAAGGCUUGAGGGAUCCCUCUUACCCAUCUUCGCGACAACCCCCCCCCCACGGUCGUCUCCUCACGUCUCCUCACGAAUUAACUCACAUAUGACGAUCAACACUCUCCGGGCGCUUGCGCUGUCCCUCCUUUUUGUUCUCCAUGUUAGCGCUUGCGAUGUACUUUUCCCAGCCUUUCAAUCAAUUUACGAUGAAGUUCCCUUUACUGUGUACUGGGACCGGAACUGUACUGGCCCUUUCGCUUUGCAACUUCGGGAUCGCGACCUUAACGUCCUCCAAUAUUCGUACACUGGUAAUGACACGAGCGUCCAAUUGGAACUUCACAACUUUACCGGAACGACGAUAUAUUUCUCCUUUCGAGAUGACUACGGCAUUCAUCUCACAAGCCCUGAUUAUAUCGUUCUGCCUGGCUCAUCGAACGGAACCCACUUUUCGCUCUCCGUACAGUCUGAGCAGUCCGAGCGAUCCUCACUCUCUGAAGCAUUGACCUCCUCACUAAUAUCCGAGUCGCCGGCCUUCUCCAUUUCGUUCCAAUCCGUCUCGACGUUUACUUCGGCCCCUAGCCUGACCAGUACGAUCACUUCCAUUCGUCCUCAGGAUUCCAACCCAACGACUCGGAAGUCAACGAAUGCAGGAGCCACCAUAGGGGGUGCGGCUGGCGGUGCAGUUAUUUUCGUGUUUCUUUUGCUUCUGCUCCUUUACUGGCUACGUUCCCGUAUGAGUGGAGGUCAAAAAGACACAAAUAUCGGAGAUCCAGUUGCGCCGGUUCCCUUGGGGAAACCUAUCAGCUCCGCCGGAACCAGUACGGUAGGGAGCAACGUUCACAAGCUGGCAUAUUCGUCACCUGGGUCCAUGCCCAGUCAUCAUACCUUACAUUCAAACAGACGUCAUUCCGGACAUGACAAUCUUCUGGCAGGGGCGGCUAUCCCUGGGAGUGCCAGUCUGCGGAUCAGUCCCAAUGUGGUGCCUGGUCCUCCGCGGGUUGUGAACCCCGGCAUCAGGGAUGUUGCGCUGGGAUGGGAGCCUGGUGAAGGUCCUACCGUCCAAAUGUCCAUUGUGCGGUCAGUGCCGCAUCCGGCGCCAGAUGAUGCGCAGGAAUGACCCUUCGGUCCAUUCCCCUUGGGUUAGGUUUCCAUCCGUGAUGUCAUCUUAUCGUUUUCUCACCUUGAGAUGUAUCUUUGAUUUUUUGGGUAUCCCUUGUACUUUUAGUGUUUGAUAUUUCUCUUGAGAAUUGUAUGUAGUCCGUCACCAGCCUCUUUAUUCCUCCGGAAUACGCUAUGCAUGCGGUUCAUAGUGAGGUAGAUUGUGUUGACGAUGUAUGGU